AUGAACGAACGGUACCCUGGGUAUCUCUUUGGAACUCCUGUCAGUAGUUGGGACAGGAGUUUUAAUUCUAUGGAGAAUCAAAUCCAACAUCAAUACAGAGGUCGACUUGGCACCACAGGCCGGUACUGGGGCAGUAUGUCUGAAGGGGGCGGAGUCUCGUCCGCCGGCGGCGACACUGGCAAAACCAACCUCAUAGUCAACUACCUCCCGCAGACGAUGACGGAAAAAGAUCUAUACGCUAUGUUCAUGACCAUAGGACCUAUAGAAAGCUGUCGAGUUAUGAAAGAUUUUAAGACUGGUUACAGUUACGGGUUUGGGUUCGUUAACUUUACUCGAGAAGAGGAUGCGGCGCGUGCCAUCGACACCUUCAAUGGUUACCAGCUCAGAAAUAAGCGGUUAAAGGUGUCGUACGCCCGACCGUCGGGGGAUGAUAUAAAAGACACAAACCUGUACGUGACGAAUCUGCCGCGCGCGAUCACAGAGGAACAGCUGGAGACAAUAUUCGGCAAGUACGGCCGGAUAGUGCAGAAACACAUUCUCAGGGAUAAAAGCAACGGGUCGCCUAGAGGUGUUGCCUUCGUUAGAUUCGACAAAAGGGAAGAGGCUCAAGAAGCGAUAGCAGCUUUAAACAAUGUGAUACCAGAGGGCGGUACCGAACCACUUAGUGUAAAGGUGGCGGAAGAACACGGUAAGCAAAAAGCGGCGUACUACGCGGGAUGGGCUGCGGGCUUCCAUCAUAAUCGAGGUGACUACGCAUGGAGCUGCUCAAACUGCAUGAUGUCGGAUCCAUGGGAAAAAUUCCCGUCACCUCCUUUAGGUGGCAGCUAUCCUACCACACCUCGGAACGGUUGCCGUCCUGGUGCCUGUGCUAAUACUAGAAUCGCUUAUCCUAAUUAUAUGCCUGGGAAAGGAACCCCUAGGUCCAGUAGAGGUAGGAAUCUUCCCUGGGCACCAGGAUUCGGUGGCGAGGAACGUUAUAAAGGGCAAAGAUGUCGAAACGGACCGUCGCCAUAUUGGUAAAUUUAAAUAUGAAUUUCGAAUGUUGGAAUUCUUUUAUUUACCAUUCCAAUUAAAUUGUAAUUGGAAUCAAUGGAUCCAUUGUGAUAAUUGGACCUAAUAAUGUCAAAAUGUUAAUGGAAUGUUGAAGCAUUGUACGCUUUUGAUCUCAUGUUUGUUUGUAAAUAUUUAUCAUUAUUACAGGUCGAUGAAUUUUGAAGUAUUGACAGUUAUCCAAAUAGAUAAUUAUGUGAACGAUUAAUGAUUCAACAGAAUCAAUGAAACCACUUAAUUGGUUUUUCAGUUUGAUGGGUCAUUUGAAGACCAAUCAAAACAAUGCCCGUCUAGGAUGAAAGUAUCAAUUACAAUUAUUUUAAGAUAACUGCAUAUUUGGGCCUUAAACGUACCCGAUAAUGUAUUUGAUAUAACUUUCCCUUACUAUCAGAAUAAUAGAAUGAAGGCGAAUUAAUGAAUAUCUGUACGCCUUAAGAUGUUUGCGGAAAAGUAAAUGAGCAUUGUAAUGCCUACAUGAUAAUAUGCCUUGACUAAUGGCAACUUACAAACGUCGCUAGAGGGCAUCACUAACGUCAAAGGGGCGAUUAGUUACAUCUUAAAGCGCCAUCUAGAGGGAAAAGGUUUUUUUAAUUAUUCUGCUCUUUUUAUUUCUUUUAUGAUUUAACUUGAAAACAAAUAUAUACUUCAUUUGUUUUGACCAAGUGUGUUUGUGUCCUUUGCACUGAGUUGUUUAAAGCAUGAGUUUGUUUGCCUUUUGUUCAUUAACUUCUAUCGUAAGAAUAGUUUUGUGUUGUAGUUUUAUCCUAUAUUUUUUAUAGUGCGCCAGAGAUUAUAAUUAAACUAACGUCUAUCUGUAUCAGGUCAGUCUCGAUAACUUUUGGAUGGAUCUUAACAACUGAAAGUGUUUUUAAUAGUGUAGGUUUACUUAAUAAGGGAUGGUUAAAAUUCGUUCAAUAUUUAUAGCAGCAAUAUUUAUAGAUGUUUCAUUGUAAUUUAUAAAGUUAAGGUGGUCUGGGUAUUAGAUGACUGCACAAGCGAGACAAGGCUUUGAACAAUGUGGAACAUUGUUCUCGAUCAAUCCAUUGUCAGCUCUGUUAGCGGACUUUUUAUUGGUCAUAAAAAGGACAAUGUCAGAUUCAAUGAAAAGAUUACGAAAAUUCUUUGUGUAAGACUAGGAAUUUUGAUAAUCUUUUCAGUGUAAAAUUUAAUUUCAACAGAAAUAUUACAAUUGCUAAGAACGAAAUUUUUGUUUUGCAACAGCAGUUACUGCAUGCGUUCAUAUUUUUGCAACAAUGUAUGGAAACUACAGCAAAAAUCCCAUACAACGAUUUGUAGCAGGCACUUAGAAAAAUUCGUAAGCUCUGCUUACUUUAUCUGUAGGUCAGUUGCGGUAAAAGCGGUAGCCAUGGUGAGGCAACAGACUCUGAUUCGAUUCCAGUCGGAUCGAAGAUUUUUCUUUGUAUUCUGUUCGAUCUUUGUAUCAAGAUACUAUAGAUAUAGAAUUCACGGAAUGUUUUUGGUACGUAAAAGUAGCUAUAGGGACACAGAACUCAUAGAUUCACAGAGAUGGUAUAUAAAGGGUAAAAUAAUAUGAACACUAGGAAUUUUCCUUCCGUGGCAAUGGCCAUCACUUAUCGAUAUUGUCAUUUAAAGUUAACAACUUGACCGACAACUUGGCUGCGAAAUGAUACAGCGAUAGGUUUGCCUGGCGCCUAGAUUGAGCGAUGGGUUGGCCUGGGGCCAAAAUUGAGCUUUUAAGUUUUGUUCUGUACAGUAGUACAUAUUUUUCUCGAUGUAUAUAUUUUUGACGACUUCC